AUGACGGACCCGAAGGAGAGCAAUCGAACGAUUCAGGUUCGGCUUGACUCUAUUACUGGACGUUCUUUUGGGGUGCCGAUUAGCUUUAAAUUUCUUACUGAUAUAGUAUGUGUCGAUCUCUUCUCAGAUCAUCCUGAGAUCACUGCUCGUCCUCAAGUUAAGACAACCACGGAAGGAGAUAACGUGACUUUAUCUUGUAACACUACUGGCAAUCCAGUACCGACAAUAUCAUGGACUAUAAAUGGAACUCCGGUAGAUAGAAGGGACAAUCCCAGGAUCAGUUUUUCAGAAAGAAAACAGCAAUUGAUUAUUACGAAUGUGAGCAGGACAGACAGCGGAGAAUAUCGAUGCGCGGCGAGCAACAGUCUUGGAAAUGAUACCUCCAAUACUACUUCACUGGACGUUCAAUAUCAACCUGAGAUCACCGUUCAACCAAAAGCUCAGACAAAAACAGAAGGGGAUGACUUGACGUUAUCUUGUAACGUCACUGGAAACCCAGCACCGACAGUAUCAUGGAACAGAGAUGGGUUUCCUGUGGAAACAAGGGAAAACGCAAGAAUCAGUUUUGCAGAUGACAAAAAGCAGUUUACAAUAACGAAUGUGAACAGGACAGACAGCGGAGAAUACCGAUGUGUGGCGAACAACAGCCUUGGAAAUGAUACCUCCAAUGCUGCUAAAGUGGACAUCCAAUAUUUACCUCAGUUCAUUGUUUAUCCAGAAGCCCAGACAGGAGAAUAUCGAUGUGUGGCACGCAACAGCCUUGGAAUUGAUACUUCCAAUGUUGCUAUGCUAAAUGUGCAGUUUAUCCCAGACGUAACAAUUAUUGGUGGUCCAGAACAGUUCGCAGUCGUAGACAAACGAAUACUGCUGACAUGUCAGUAUAACGCUUUGCCACCAGUGUCUGAAGUGCAGUGGGAAAAAGAUGGAACUGUGAUAGCUCGAAAUUCUAGUGUGGAGAUUAAUGACUCACGAGUGGAUAUUCCUCAUUACAAUCAAAGCCAAGUGCAGCUGCUAAUAAAUGCAACUAUACCACAAGAUGCUGGGAAUUACACCUGUCUUGUUAUAAAUGACAUUGGUAAUUCAUCGGAUACGACAUCAAUGAUAAGUCAAGAGCAACCUUCGAUCACCACUCACCCAAUCGGAGUCACGAUCAGAGAAGGGCAAAACAUGUCCUUAUCCUGUAAUGCCAGUGGAAAUCCAGUUCCAGAAAUAUCAUGGGCCAUGAAUGGAUAUCCUGUAAAUACAAGCUACAAUCCCAGGAUCAGUUUCUCAGACGACAAGAAGCGGUUGACAAUAACGAAUGUGAGCAGGACGGACAGUGGAGAAUUCCGAUGUGUGGCGAGGAACAGGGUUGGAAGUGAUACCUCCAAUGCUGCUAUAGUGGAUGUCCAAUUUUUACUUCUCAACUUUUACGAGACUGAGAAGACUUAUGUUCGAACACACAAAAGAAAUCAUCUCCCUGACCUGCUUAUGUAA